GUCUCUGAAGUUAUACUUCUGUUGAAAAAGGACUUGGUCAAGUGACCUGAUAGCUUAAUUUUGAGUUUGGCAUCUUAUGAUGCCUGGUGGGGAGUGUUAUGGAGCCAGGUAUGUUUUGUAUUGCUUUGUGAACCCUGGUGGUUGUUCUGUGAACUGUCCCUUUAAUGGUGGAAACAGGAAGUGUUUCACUUCUCCAGAUCUUGUUUGAGACAAACACAUGUUAAUGCGUCACAACCACCUGGACAACGCCUUGGUGUCCCUGAACGCAACUCUCCUCUCAGGUCACAACCACCUGGACAACGCCUUGGUGUCCCUGAACGCAACUCUCCUCUCCGGUCACAACCACCUGGACAACGCCUUGGUGUCCCUGAACGCAUUUCUCCUCUCAGGUCACAACCACCUGGACAACGCCUUGGUGUCCCUGAACGCAACUCUACUCUCAGGUCACAACCACCUGGACAACGCCUUGGUGUCCCUGAACGCAACUCUCCUCUCAGGUCACAACCACCUGGACAACGCCUUGGUGUCCCUGAACGCAACUCUCCUCUCAGGUCACAACCACCUGGACAACGCCUUGGUGUCCCUGAACGCAACUCUCCUCUCAGGUCACAACCACCUGGACAACGCCUUGGUGUCCCUGAACGCAACUCUCCUCUCAGGUCACAACGACCUGGACAACGCCUUGGUGUCCCUGAACGCAACUCUCCUCUCAGAACAGGAAGUGGAUGACCUCUUACCCCUGGCAAUAGAUCAGGAAGUGGAGGAGCCCUUACCCAUGGCUAUAGAUCAGGUAGUGGAUGAAGUUUUACCAUUAGCUAUUCAUGAGGAAGUGGAUGACCUCUUACCCUUGGCUAUGGAGCAGGAAGUGGAUGACCUCUUACCCUUGGCUAUGGAGCAGGAAGUGGAUGAUCUCUUACCCCUGGCAAUGGUGCAGGAAGUGGAUGACAUCUUACCCUUGGCUAUGGAGCAGGAAGUGGAUGACCUCUUACCCUUGGCUAUGGAGCAGGAAGUGGAUGACGUCUUACCCUUGGCUAUGGAGCAGGAAGUGGAUGACGUCUUACCCUUGGCUAUGGAGCAGGAAGUGGAUGACCUCUUACCCUUGGCUAUGGAGCAGGAAGUGGAUGACCUCUCAGGAACCCUCAGAUACUUUUAG